GAGAUCAUUACAUAUUUUGUCUACGAAGCAAUAUGUCUGAGCCAGCACCGACAACAGAGGAGAUCACACAAAAGAUGGAGGAGGUUGUUCUCGGUGAGGACGGAAAGCCGCUUUCAAAAUCUGCUUUGAAAAAACUCGAAAAGGAGCGAGAGAAGGAGAGGAAGAAGGCUGAACGCGAGGCAAAAUUGGCUGCGGAGAAAGCUGCAAGGGAUGCGGCGACUCCUGACUGUUCCAAGGACCGAUAUGGCAACCUGCCUUUGAACCAAUCCCAGGACCGCCCAGGUCAUCCGCGCAAGAAGAUUGUGGGAUUGUCAAAGAGCGAUGUUGAUCAAACAAUCCUGCUGAGCGCUCGUGUACAGACUUCCCGUCCUACUGGUAGCAAGAAAUGUUUCCUGACUUUGCGACAGGGGACGGUCACCGUGCAAGGUGUCCUAACUGUUGACGACACUACCAUCAGCAAACAAAUGCAAAAAUUUGCUGCCAGUAUCUCAGUCGAAUCACUUGUGUUGGUUGAGGCCAAAGUGGUGGAAGCGCUCAAGGAGGUCACGUCAUGCACGGUUCAGAAUCUGGAACUCCAAAUUGAAAAGCUCUACGUUAUCAGCGAAGCAAGCCGUCUUCCAUUCACUCUUGAAGAUGCCUCAAGACCUGAACCCGAGUUUGAAAAGGACCCUUUGCUGGUGCGCGUUAACCUUGACACCAGAUUAAACAACCGACCAGUCGAUCUAAGGACCAUCACAAACCAAGCUGUUUUCCGCAUGCAACACGGCGUCUGCCGCUUGUUCCGUGAAUACUUGGAAGCCAACAACUUUAUUGAGAUCCACACUCCCAAGUUACUUGGAGCUGCAAGUGAAGGUGGUGCAAAUGUGUUCAAGGUGGAAUACUUCAAGGAAAAUGCAUACCUAGCGCAAUCCCCUCAAUUCUACAAGCAGAUGAUGAUUUGCUCUGACUUUGAACGAGUCUUUGAGAUUGGACCAGUUUUCCGUGCUGAGAACUCUCAAACUCACCGACACAUGACCGAAUUUGUUGGUCUCGAUCUCGAAAUGGCAUUUGACGAGCACUAUCACGAGGUUCUUGACCUGAUCGGCGGCCUGUUUGUACACAUCAUCAAAGGUCUCAAGACCCGUUACGCGGCCGAGAUUGAGGUUGUGAAGCGGCAAUAUCCUUUUGAGGACUUUGAGUUCCUUGAGACCACCUUGCGUCUCGAGUACCCGGAAGCUGUCAAGAUGCUGAGAGAGGCAGGUGUAGAGAUGGACGAUUUCGUUGAUCUCAGCACUGAGAACGAGCGUCUGCUUGGCAAACUUGUCAAGGAAAAGUACAAGACCGAUUUCUACAUGCUUGACAAGUUCCCCUUGGCUGUGCGUCCCUUCUACACCAUGCCCGACCCGAACCGACCAGGAUACAGUAACUCGUAUGACUUUUUCAUGCGUGGCGAGGAGAUUCUUUCUGGGGCACAACGUGUACAUGACCCGAAGCUGCUGGCAGAGCGCGCCAAGGAACACGAUAUUGAGCCCAGCACCAUCCAGCCGUACUUGGAUGCGUUCAAAUACGGAGUUCCGCCUCACGCAGGUGGUGGUAUAGGUCUGGAACGUGUCCUCAUGUUGUUCUUGAACUUGGGUAACAUCCGUAAAACGUCAUUGUUCCCCCGUGAUCCCCACCGACUGGCACCAUAAACAUUCUGUUCCAAAAACUACAUGCCAUUUGAUUUUAAAAGUUGUACUACAUUAGAAGAAUAUAUACAAUGGCUUUCAAACGGCACCACAUAAUUUCGACACUCUAGGCGUACAGAAUAAAUAGGCGAUUGUUUUUUUAUACCAAAAAGUCAUUAGUCUUUUGUCCAACACCGC